AAAAAAAAAUAUUGUACAUGUUGCAAAUUUUAACAUUUAGAUGUUGACAGGUGAGGCAACUUUUGGCUGUUGAUGGGAGGCUCCACAUUAAUUAUGAGAUUGCUCCAACUGGAAGUUCUCAGAACUACACUCGUUCCUAUUACAUGAAUGGAAGGGACUAUAUAAUCAGUGGCAGUUGUGAUGAGCAUGUAGUCCGUGUUUGCUGUGCUCAAACUGGAAGACGUCUCAGGGAUAUAUCUUUGGAGGGAAAGGGCUCAGGCGCUUCAAUGUUCGUUCAAUCACUAAGGGGCGACCCCUUUAGGGAUUUUAAUAUGAGUAUUUUAGCUGCGUAUACACGCCCAAGCUCAAAAUCUGAAAUUGUCAAGGUUAACUUGCUAGCCUCCAGUGACUCUGCUAAAGAAUAUUCUCGUAUGCAGAAUGCUUGCCCAUCAAAUAGUAUGGGAGGUUAAUCAUGUAUAUCCUGUUAUUUUGUGCUCUUAUAGGGAACAUACAGUUUCAGUUCCAUUUCUCUGGCACGUUUAGGUUAGCUCUAGCAAGGGUGCUUGAAAAAUUUCAAUUAUCCAUUGUACAUUACUUGACUGUGAUUUAUGAAUAGGAUUCUAUUUGGCUUUA